AUGAGCCUCGUUCACGUCGUGCUCUUCCAGUUCAAGGCCGAUGCAAACCCGGAAACGAUCAAAGCAGUCUGCGACCAUUUUCUCUCUCUCAAAGAGAGCUGCAUCAACCCAACAUCCGGCGAGCCCUAUAUUCUCUCCUUGAGAUGCGGAAAGGACAACUCGCCUGAGGGCUUCCAGAACGGCAUGACACACGGAUUCGUCGUUGAGUUUGCGUCACCGGAAGAUCGGGAUUAUUACGUGACCACAGACCCCGCUCACCAGGCGUUCGUCAAGACACUCAGUGGGGUGGUUGAGAAGCCUACCGUUUUUGAUUUUGUAGAUGGUCUCUACUAG